AUGAACGGAUCUCUGAUCAACCCAUUCACGAUAACCCAUCCCACUGCCGUCCAGACAUCCCUGCAAGCUGGCGCCUCCUUCGCCAAGUUCGAUCCCUCUGGAAAAUAUGUUGUCGCAGCCGGCAAGGGCGAUGGCUCAGCGGCAGUCUGGGAUCUGAGCACGCGUGCUGCUGUGCGCUGGCUGGAGGGACACGUCAAGAGUGUCACCAGCGUCGACUGGUCGCGCAACUCACGGUAUGUCCUGACGUCCUCUAAAGACUGGAACAUCAGCGUGUGGGACCUCGCCUCCGACUUGGACUCUCCCCAGCGGCGCGACGUUAUCCGUUUUGACGCGCCCGUUCAAUCUGCGUCUUUUCAUCCUCGAAACUGCCGCAUACUCCUCGUCCUUCUGGCCACGGGCGAAGCCUACAUCGUCGACCAGCGCAAAAAAUACAGAGGGCGUGUGGAGCUGCUGGAGGUAUUCGACGAUAGUGAUGACGAGGCCCAGAUGGGAAGAGCACGAUCUGCGAUGACAGUGGCUCAGUUUGAACCGUCCGGGAAGCACGCAUUCAUCGGUACCUCGUCUGGUUCUAUACUCGUGUUCAACGCCAGGACCAAAACUAUGGUAGCGCGCCAUAAAAUCACGGGCGCAGGUGCUAUGAAAGGGCUUGAUUUCACCAAAAAUGGACGCCGCUUUGUAACAAAUUCUUCAGACCGAACUAUCCGUCAAUUCCAAAUGCCCACCUACCCACCUCCCAAUGCCGAACGAGAAUUUAUCGAACAAGAGCUUGAUCCCACGCAUCGGUUCAAUGACCCCAUCAAUAAAAUAGCAUGGCACGCUGUAUCCUACAGCCCGGAUGGAGAAUGGCUUUCUGGUGGCGCGGCGGAUCCUGCGGCUCACAAGAUUUACAUAUGGGAUAUCUCGAAUGACGGACAAUUUGCAAGUGCGUUGGAUGGAGGGAGGGAACCUCUUGUACACGUACACUGGCAUCCGCGCAAAUCAUCCAUCGCAUCGACUACGAACCAAGGCAACAUACUGAUCUGGCACUGUCCCACCCCAGAGCGGUGGGGCGCUUUCGCGGGGGGUUUCGAAGAGGUGGAUGAGAAUGUUGUGUAUGAGGAGAAGGAGGACGAAUUUGAUAUCGUGAGUGGACUGACACCUUUUGUUUCCUGGGUAUUUGCGUUGGAAUGCGUUGGAGGAACUGGCGAGGAAGACGAAAGUGAGCUCGCGAUGCGGAAGAAGAAGCAAGAAGACGAAGAGGUGGAUGUAAUGGGUGGUGUGAUGGAGGAGGAAGAUGCGAACGUGAUAUCGAUGGACGUGGACGACGAGGACGUGGAGUGGGCGGACGACGAGCCGGAUGACGAUUUGAAGGGGUGGAAGAUGCCGAUUGUGAUGGAGGAUGAAUUUGAGGAUGGGCUUUGA